GCUUGCUUGGUGGACCUUUAGUGCAUGUAAGGAAGUUCUGAACCCCGAAAAGUGAAGAUUGUCACACAGAAGCGAUCAGAGGACAAUGAAGCCGCUGUUCAUCCUGUUACUUUCCACAGCCUGGAUGCUCUGUGGAGCUCAGUUCUACUACCAGGCCCUGAUGGAUUAUCUGGAGAACAGAUUGUUGGCAAUUGAGGACCACAUGCACUUGUGGCGAGAUCAAUCUCGUCAAUACCGCAUGGCACUUCAGAAUUUACACAAACAGUCCAAGAAGACUAUGGAGGGUCUGAAGCAGGCACACGGCGCACUUUCCACAGACGUGGAAGCAGCAGCGGUCCAACUGGACCGGGUGGAGCAAGACAUGGACUUUGUAGAAAGCCGGACGUCCCCGCGGGCUUGUGCUAACCCGGCAGACCGGGUGGUGGAGCAGGGAGUGUGGAGCCAGGAGGAGAGCCGAGGAGAGGAGGAGGAGGGCUGGCAAGAGCUGCCCUCCAGAGUCACUGACUGUGUGGAAAUAAUUUCUGCCAUCCGGUCCGUGAAGAUCCUGAAGCGAGUGGGCUAUUCUAAGGGCGUGUGGAUCCGAGACCCCCGGUCAUCCAAAGUGUACGUGUUUAACGGGACAGCAGGGGACACCAUCUACCAGUUCGAGUCUGUCAGGGAGUUUGGACACUCUUCAGGAGUCGCACUCGGUCGGCCGAUCAGGCUGCCGUCAGACUGGAGGGGGAGUGGCAUUGCUGUUUACAACGGUUAUCUGUAUUACAUCCAGCAGGGGGAAGACAUGUAUGUGGUCAGAUAUGACCUACUUGGUGGUGAGCUGAUGGAUGUAGCCAUUCUCCCUGUGGAGAGCCGAGCUGCUGUUUACAGCCUCAACCCUGAAACGCUGGCAGACCUCGCAGUGGACGACCAAGGCCUCUGGCUUCUUUAUGCCAGCAGUGAGACCGAACCCAACAUCAACCUGGCAAAAAUGGAUCCCGUCUCGCUCGAUAUCGAGCAAAUCUGGGACACCCGCUGCCCAAGGGAGAACUCAGAGGCGGCCUUCGUUGUCUGUGGCAUCGUCUAUGUUGUUUACAACACUCGGAUGGCCAGCCGCUCCCGGGUCCAGUGUAUGUUUGAUGUCAAUGACAAGGUGCUGAGUGAGGAGGCACCCCUCUUCUAUUUCCCCCGACGGUAUGGAGCUCAUGCCAGUCUAAAGUACAACCCAGAGGAGAAACAGCUCUACAGCUGGGACGAUGGCUACCAAAUCCUAUACAGACUGACCACCAAAAGGAAAUUGCAGCGUUGACAACCUAAACAUGCUUAUUUUUCACGGGAAAAAAAACCCAAACAAAAAAGUCAAAUAAAAACAUAGGGUUACAUUCUCCUGUGUGCGUAAGUCAGAAAAGGCACUUUUCUGGCUGCGCCCAUUCUCCCAUCCACUGAAAUCCGUCAUUUACACACCCUCAAACCAGAUACACACCCUGGGUGGAGCAUCCCGACAAUGUGGGCGUUCCCUGUCAAAUCUGCACUCUAGAUUCCAAUGAAGGUAAAACAUCAAAUUGGACAUUUUGACUUAACUGCCCGCCAAAGACCCACAGACGGCUGACUCGCAUAAUGUUCACCUACGCUCACCGACAUUCAGCAACUGCCCAACGGCCGUAAUGUGUCCCCAACACAUUACGCUGAUGGUCGGACAUCGACAUAUUAACCUUUUAAUUGGCAAAAAAUAUCAGCGCCAGUUGACAGCUUUUUUUGUUUCAAAUACUGCUGGUGGCUUAGAGUUUUUUGAAAGCGCAGGGCUCCCACGACAUUAUACUAAAAUUACAGUAAUUGUAAUUGGACAAGAGUGAGUUAGAUAUUGAAUCAUUUGUUUUUAUUUGCUUUUAUGUUUGACUUCAAAUACUGAUGAUAUGCCUGCUCUGUGGCGCAAGGAAACCGCUGAGCUACGUAUAUAGCACGCACCCGCUUUUUUGUUGAUGGACUUCCCAACAUGUGUUCAGUCAUAGGAAAAGUAUUCUGAUGAAAUAAUUGUUUUUGGUUUUACUUCAUUGAAAAAAAAAAAGUUUCCCCUUCAAAUUGCAGUGUGUUAGACAAAGCAGUGCACAAACAGUCACGCGUCAUUGACGUGUCACAAAUCAAUCGUCUCCAUGGCUUGAUUAUUAUUAUCACAACACAUGUCCGCCUUAUGUUUCAAGUGGAAUUAAACUCAAACUUGAUCAACUCUGUGUCCAAAUGCAUUUGACAAAAUGCCCCCAUAAUUAUUACAGACUUUCAUUGCACAGUAACCAUGAGCCAGUGUAAUUAAGUAAUUGCACUAUUGAAUACUGCCCAAAAUAAAAUAGAGACUCAGCAAGAUAUGUACAGUAUAUUUAAACUAAAAUCAUUAAGGAAUGAUAAAAACAAAUGAUGAACCACUUAAUGUUAAGUCCUGCUCCUUUUUUUCGACCUGUCUCAACAUCAAGAGACCGGCUCAGAAUUAAGGCCGCAUUUUAGACCUAGUCAUCACUAAGAAUGUUUACAUCUGUUGACAUUAAGGACUUGGCUAUUUCUGAUCAUUUUUGUGUGUUCUUUGAAUUACAGAUUCUCCCAAAAGUUCAGGCAACCUCUGUGUCAUUUAAGAAACGGACAGUGCUACUUGAAAGUUUGUGAACACUCCUGACUGGGUCACUCUUUUUGUAAAAAAAAAAAACUAACCUUGUUAAAGAUACAUCCAAAUCCCCGUGUGUAAAGCAUACCUUCCAAAUAGUAGACACACACAAAAAGAUAUUCGUUUUCAUUUUUUAAUCCAACAAACAUCUUUUUUUUCCACAAAAAAUGAUAAUUGUACAUUUGCCAAAAGUAUGUGAACCCCCAGCUAUAUAGGUUAAAUCCAGCAGGUAAAAGACACAGGCUAAAUAUUUGGGUGAUUAUUAAAUCAUUUAAGCAGAACAAUGAAAUAAGACACCCGUGGGAAAGAGUUUGGCCUGCACUAAUUAACAGAGAGAUGAAAGCAACCAAACCAACUGUGGUCCAAUAUAAAUGAACAACACCAAGAGCUAAGGAGAGCCGAAGACAUGAAAAAGAGGGUAUUGACAGCCUGGCCAUCCGGGAGGGCUGUAAGACCAUUAUCGAAAGAUUCCAACUCCAUCUAUCCACUGUAAGACAACUCAUUUACAAAUGGACAGUCUUCAACAUGACUCUGCCAAAAUUGGAAGCCUAUUAAAACUAUCACCCAGAAACACCAUAAAAAACAAGAGAAAAAGCUGACCCAUACAGCCCCUCUAGAGAGUUCCAGAUUUCUCUGGUAGCUUCUCGGAUAAAUGUACGUGUCUACAAUUAGAUGAAAAUUCAAUAGCCAUAACAUUCACGGGAGCGUUUUUUUAGGAAGCGCACUACAUUGUACUGCAAUGCUCAAACUAAUCGGAGAACCUUCAUCAUGCAACAAGACAAUGACCCAAAGCACACUGCCAACACAGCAAAGAACUUCAUCAGGGGGAAAAGUGGAAGGUCUUCAACUGGCCAUGUGAAUCACCGGACCUUAACCAAAUAGAGCAUGCAUUUAAGGGUUAUGCCAGCAAAUAUUAUAUUUUAUUCACUGUAAGUUCAUUUAAUAAUGUCUGUUCCAAUACUUUUGCUCACUUGAAAAGUGGGUGUCUUCAAACAAAGGGUGCUCUGUCCUGAGUUGUUUAACACAUCUAGAUGUAAAUACCGUGAAAUAA